UUACGUGUUUGGAAAGAGACAACACCGGGCUGGUGACGUCAUACAGGGGCGCCCGGCAGCCUGGCUAAUCCUGGAAGUAGCGCGCUAAACCCUGAGGAACCUUUCUGCUCUCAUGGCCUUGUGGUCUCUGACCCGCGCUCUGGGCUCUCUGAGCCUGGCGCCCCCAGCUGUCACUGGACCCGUCCCUCGUCUACUCCCUGCCGCUCAGGUGAUGAGCAAUGCCCUCCAACUGCCCUCUACCUUGAUGUUGUACUCCUGCCGUUCACUCCUUACUUCUGUGGCCCUUAAUGCCAAUUUUGUGUCCUGGAAAAGUCGUACCAAGUACACCAUUUCACCAGUGAAAAUGAGGAAGUCAGGGGGUCGAGACCACACAGGCCGCAUCAGUGUCCAUGGUAUUGGUGGAGGCCACAAACAACGUUAUCGCAUGAUUGACUUUCUGCGUUUCCGGCCAGAGCAGAGUGCCAAGCCAGCAUCCUUUGAAGAGAAGGUUAUCAGAGUCCGCUAUGACCCCUGUAGGUCAGCAAACAUAGCUCUGGUUGCUGGGGGUAGCCGGAAACGCUGGAUCAUUGCCACAGAAAACAUGCAGGCCGGCGAUGUGAUCCUAAACUCUAACCAUAUAGGCCGCAUUGCAGUUGCUGCGCAGGAAGGGGACGCACAUCCUCUUGGGGCCCUGCCUGUGGGGACCCUUAUCAACAAUGUGGAAAGUGAACCAGGCCGAGGGGCCCAGUAUAUCCGAGCUGCAGGGACGUGUGGUGUGCUGCUGAGGAAGGUGAACGGGACAGUCAUUAUCCAGCUGCCCUCGAAGAGGCAGAUGCAGGUUCUAGAGACGUGCACAGCUACAGUGGGCCGAGUGUCCAACGUGGAUCAUAACAAACGGGUCAUUGGCAAAGCCGGCCGGAACCGCUGGCUGGGCAAGAGGCCUAACAGCGGGCUGUGGCAUCGCAAGGGGGGCUGGGCUGGUCGCAAGAUUCGGCCACUGCCCCCUAUGAAGAGUUAUGUGAAGCUGCCUUCUGCUGCUGCCCAAAGCUGAUAUCCCUGAACUAUAAUAAAAUGCCCUAUUUUUAUGUCA